GGGCCACUUCCUCUUGGCCCGGAUUCUUCCCUUCCCAAGCUCUAACCCUGUGUUUUGAGCUUUUCCGAUCCUUUUCUCUGAUCUCAAUAGGGUAUUAAGGAUCGCGAAAGUUUCAAUUCUUUUCGGAAAGAUUGCGAAAUUGUUUUGGGAGUUUGGGUUUGAGGAAUCGUUUGGUUAGGUUUCCAUUAAUGUAGGGUGGUGAGGACCAAGCUUGAAUUGCUUGUCAAACCCUAAUUUGCUCUGGACAAGGAGAUCUUCAGGAUUGUGAAUGUUACAAAUUUUUGUUGGAAAGUUGGGAUAUUGUUUUGCGAGUUUGAGAUUAAGGAAUUGUUGGCUAGGUUUCCAUUAAUGGAGGGAAAUAAGGACGAAGCCCUUAGAUGUGUUUGCAUUGCUGAAGAAGCAAUUGGAUCGGGUAACAAAGAACGUGCCUUGAAGUUUAUCAAAAUUGCUCAGCGCCUUAAUCGGGAUUUGCCUGUUGAUGAACUUUUGGCUAAAUGUGAUAAGCUUGAUUCUGAGUCUCCUUUACAGUCAACCAGGAAAAGUGGUAAUGAGAUUGGGGAUGAGCCUGGUCCUUCAAAAAAUGACGAGGGAGUGAAUGGGGAGCGAAGUUAUAAUGAAGAACGUGUUCAAUUGAUUAAGCAGAUUAGGAGGAACAAAGACUAUUAUGAGGUUCUUGGUCUGGAGAGGACUUGCUCAGUUGAGGAAAUUCGGAAGGCUUAUAGGAAAUUGUCGUUGAAAGUUCAUCCGGACAAGAACAAGGCGCCCGGGUCAGAGGAGGCAUUUAAGAAGGUGAGCAAGGCCUUCAAGUGCUUGAGUGAUGUAGAGUCUAGGAAACAGUACGAUCAAACCGGAUUGGUGGACGAGUUUGAGUACAACCAGCAGCACAAUGUCAGGAGGCGGAGGAGGCGAACUGGGCACGACUUUUUUGAUGAUGAUUUUGAUCCUGAUGAGAUAUUCAGGGCCUUUUUUGGCCAGGGUGACUUGUUUCGAGCGGGUCAUGUUUAUAGAGCCCGAGGAAUGGGUGGUCAGCCGAGGGAGGAGUUUAAUGGAGCAGGACUUAAUUUCAUGCUUCUUCUUCAAUUGUUACCGUUCUUGAUCAUAAUAUUGCUUGCAUAUAUGCCUUUUUCGGAGCCCGACUAUUCACUGCAUAAGAAUUACGCCUACCAGGUUCCCAAGACAACUGAGAAAUAUGGGGUCGAAUUUUACGUUAAGUCGGCAGCGUUUGAUAAGCAGUAUCCUCUUGGAAGUCCUGCUCGAGCAGAUAUCGAGGACAAUGUGAUCAGGGACUACAGAACUAUGCUUUUGCGCUACUGUCAGGUAGAGCUCCAGAGAAGGCAUUGGAAUAAGAAUAUGCCUACUCCUCAUUGCAAUAAGCUACAUAAUCUUGGAUUAGCGUGAAGGAACCGCAGUAAUGCUAGGAUGUGGUGUCCUUUCUAUGACAACAUGAUGAUGAACCGGGACUCAAAGUAAUAGCUGAUCGAGAAAAGGCAAUCGCGGGCAUGAGUUCCACUUUUUUGACUCGGGAUUUUCCACUUCUCCAAGCUGACAUUUUUCCAUGCAGACCGUUCAAUUGUGAUCCAAGAUGGGGUUGGUAAAGAUGGUUUUCCUCACCUUACCACUUGCUUUGUGAAUGUGGUGAAAUGUGAAGAUGUACUCGGGGAACACCUGGUGGAGCUAUUGUCGGAAUGGAAUAUAGCAUAAGUUGAACAAUCUGAAUUUGAUGUGUCAUGCAGAUUCUCUCCUCUCUUAUCAUUUUUAUAUUAGAUCACGCAGCCUCAAUUCUUCAUUUUUAUUGUAUUUGCUUAAUGUGGUAGGCAGCUUGUAUGAAAGUUGUUUAUGGUGCCAAGGUAUACUUGUGCUUGUUUGUCA